AUGUCUGAAACCGCCUCUGCCUCGGCCUCGCCCGCCUCGACACACGAUGCYGAUGACAAGACUGCAGGGGAUCCGUCUUGGCCGCAACAGAAAGUACCACAGGGACAGAGCCAGCAGCAAGCCGUUGCGCCGCCGCAGGCACUGUUGCCUCCCGCCCGGGCGGACAACCGCGUGCCCAUCUCGCGGCGGCACGACUCGACCACCUCCAACACUAGCAGCACUGCGCAAAGCCGCAACAACUCCCACGCUUCGCCGUCGGGACUUGAAGGUCAGUCGCAACUGCCGAGGUCUAACGCACCACCGCCGUCUGUCCCGAUGGGUCCCAUGAGUAUCUCCGUCGCCAUCCCGCCGCGUCCGAAACCCGGUAGGAAGCCUAUUGAGCCCCAACAUGCCCAGGAUCGACGGCGAGUACAAAAUCGUAUGGCCCAGCGUAAUUUCCGGGACAAGCGCCAGUUGAAGCUCGUCGAAGCACAGGAAGAGAAUGAAAAGAUGAAGGCGGAACGCGAUGCGGAGCGCUUGGAAAUGGCCCGUGAGAAAGAGGUCUUCCGGCAGCAGUUGAACAUGGCCAACGAGCGGGCAGAGCGGGCAGAGACCGAGCGCCAGAAAUUCAGUGCCCGUAUAUCAGAGCUGGAGCAGCAGGUUCGCGAUCUGCAACAGUCUCGUCAGCAGACUAAAGAAGAGCAGCAAGCUCAACAGCAUAACAUCGGCGGCUUCCGUCCGAUAUCAAUUUCACACUCAUACACGCAGUCCAGCGUGCCGACGCCACCCGAAGACAACAGCUACUAUGAAACUGACUACACUAACUUCGGCCGUAGCGAGCACUCCCACUACAGCCUACGCAACACCAACUCCAAUGAAAGCGAUCCAAUGGACACAACCAUGGACGACGACACCUGUGGCUUCUGCUCCGAUGAGAGUAACUGUGUGUGUCUGCAAGCCAAGCUUGCGAAGCGAAAGGAGGCCGUCGCUCCACCUCCAACCCCCGUCACACUCCCUGGGAAUUGCGAUGCAUGUCGUCUUGAUCCAGCAAGAGCUCAAGCAUGUCGGGAUAUGGCCAGCUCGACACGAAUGGUAGCACGGACUCCCCUUUCACAAGCGCCUCGGCCAAACCUCACCUCAUCUAUGCCGCCGCCCGACUACUCAUGCUCGGCAAUGGUGGACAAGUUCAAUCAGUUUGGCGAACGCCACGCCACAAUCGGAAAUCUGUUUGGACGAGGACCGCUCACUACUUACCCCCGGCACAGUGGAGGUUACGAGUUCGAGGAAAAGGAAGCUGCUGAAGUGCUUUCGACGCUGUCUCGCAGAAGCACGAGGGUGGAGUCACCGCGCGACGAUUCAGAUUCACCAAGAGCAUGA